GUAACUGGCAGGAGCUCGCGAGAACGAGCGGACCGUCGUACGCACUCUACGUAGCGGCGGAGCAGGAAGAUAUAAAGACACAGACACAGAGACAGUGUCCAGAAAAGACGCUCUCCCUGCUGCUGUCCAACCCCAACUGAGCCAGAGAGGACGGACACACACUGACUGUCUCCGCUGCCUCUUUACUCCAGCAGCUGCUCGAUGAAUGCAGCAAUGCCCGAGAAACAUGUCUCACAAAGAAGAUAGUGAAGGCAAAAGCUCUCACCCCACUGGAUUGUACGCCAGCAUCCCCCGAACAUGUUUGCCCAUUGUGUACCACCCAGACUACAACAUCACUUUCAUGGGCCUUGAAAAGCUCCAUCCAUUUGAUUCAGGGAAGUGGGGGAAAGUCAUCCGCUUCUUGAAAGAGGAGCAGUUCCUCACUGAUGGGAACAUCGUGGAAGCCCUUGAAGCUACUGAGGAGGAUCUGCUGGUGGUUCACACCAAAUCUUACCUCAACAGAUUAAAGUGGUCGGUGGUGGUGGCAACGAUCACAGAAAUCCCACCUCUCAUGUGUCUGCCAAAUUUUCUGGUGCAGCGGAGGGUGUUGAGGCCUUUACGGACACAGACAGGAGGGACAAUAAUGGCGGGGAAAUUGGCUGUUGACCGAGGGUGGGCCAUAAAUGUUGGAGGAGGCUUCCACCACUGCUCCAGUGACAAGGGAGGGGGCUUUUGUGCCUAUGCUGACAUCACUCUGGCCAUCAAGUUUCUGUUUGAGAGAGUGGAAGGCAUCUCCAGGGCUACCAUCAUCGAUCUGGAUGCUCAUCAGGGAAAUGGGCACGAACGGGACUUCAUGGAUGACAGUCGAGUGUUCAUCAUGGAUGUGUAUAAUCGCAACAUAUACCCCAGGGAUGGAUUUGCUAAAAGAGCUAUAAAAAGGAAGGUGGAGCUGGACUGGGGCACUGAAGACUCGGAGUACCUUCGGAAAGUAGAGCUCCACUUUGAGGGAACUUUGAAUGAGGUCCAACCCGACAUCAUCAUAUAUAAUGCAGGGACAGACAUCUUGGAUGGGGACCCCCUUGGAGGACUCUCCAUAUCACCACAGGGCAUUGUAAAGAGAGAUGAGAUAGUGUUCCGAGCUGCAAGGCGACGAGGCAUCCCCAUACUCAUGCUCACAUCUGGCGGAUACCAGAAAAAGACAGCCCGCAUCAUCGCCGACUGCAUUCUUAACUUGCACCAGCAGGGUUUGAUUGGAGCAGAGGCUCUGGAGGGGGAGGGCUCGUCAUUGCAGGUGACCAGUAUGCUGUCCCACUCACGACAUGCAGGGUCAACAUUCAACGCUGUCUAAGGCCUGUGGUAUACUCGCUGUUUAACCGUGCGUAGGAAAGCGGCUGCACCGUGUAUGGAAUUGCUCACAUAUUUGCAUAGGAACUAAACAUGUUACUGGAGGACUCGAGCAGAGGGCACACCACGGAACUCGGACACAAGACUGUAGAGCGCUCCGCAAAACUUUGUCUCAGACUGUUCUUUCAGCCACUUCCAGAUUUGUGUGAUGAGACAUAUGCAUAAACAAAGAUGGUAACACUGACUUAUGAUUGCUAAUGUUAAGAUCAAGACAGCAAAAGAUACGACCGUGCAUUCCUAGGCGGUAUGUUGAAAAUCAUGCCAAUGUAGCUCCGCCAUUUCUGUCACUGACCCAUAUGUGGCGCUUUAAUGUCUAAGGACAAAGCAGCUCUCUUGCGUAGUGAACAGCAAAUAUACCGCAGACCAAUACUCACAGCUUUGACUUCUCUAGCUGUGAGGUUUGAAAGCAGCAGAGUGACUUUAUAAGUGAUAGCAGCAGUCAUAUUGUGAGGAAGGAUGAGUGUUUGCAUAUGUACAACACACAAGCAUUGUUAAAAUGUGUAUGUAAAAGUUGGUGAUUAAUUUAAGGGAAUAGUAAUGCAAAGAGGGAAUUUGCUGUGAAACAAUAACAUCUUGGCUAAAGCAGAUUUACUUAAGCUCUGAAGUUUCACAAAAAGAGGUUUUAAACUGUAAUCUAAUGGAGAACAAAGGGUUAUGUUUAAUAUAUGUUCAGGGCUGUGUAUUAGAGAGGCAUUCUUUCAUCUCAGGAAAUGUACUUAUGUCAUUUGUGAAGAAUAUGACUUAUUAAGGGUCCAUGAACUGGUACAAAGGUCUAAUGUUGAUGCAGAAACAUGGGAAGUGUGUUAAUUAUCCUCCAUCAGUGUACUGCAAUGGAGAUAAAAAAUCUGAACAAUAAGUGCUUGUGCAAAGUUUGACUACCAAACAUGAUUAAAUGGUGAUCUUUAACCUUCUUAAUGAAGCUAAUGUCCUCUUUAGCCCUUAUUAGUAUUUGCGUUUCAUAAUUUCUAGUAGAAAUUUGAGAUUUCUAGAUAAUAUUGUACUAACUAAAGAGUUAUUGGUGUUUUAUUAAUCAUGUUAAACCAUUAAUGGGUUUAUUUUCUUGUUAAUACACUUGGUGCUUUAAAUACACUCUGAUAUCUGCAGUUGAUGUUUACAGGGAGAUCAGUGUGAUUUCAUCAUCGGUACUUACGUAGGUUUUUCUGUCUCUUACGCCGAUUCGAUUUCAAUUUCAAUUUUAAAACACACGACUCUGAGCACUAUAUCUUUUGUAUAUGGUGAAAGAAGGUUCACCAACAUUCCCAAGCUCCUGAAAAUCAAAGGUCUUUUUGCGGUGUAUUUCUGAUUGAUAUGCUGUAGCGAGAAAUUCAGAACUCUCUUAAUGUUUAAACAUACAGUACGUAGAUGUUUUUAAAAUUCCAUUAUCAAUAUGAUUGAUGCAGUAGAUGCAGCCACUUCACUGCUUCCAAAAGACACUAAAUUAUCUUUAUCAAAUUUAGACUGGAUCUCGUUCUGUGUGUGUGUGCGUGCGUUUGUUCACCCUUUCCUUAUUGUACAGUAUACAUAAACUUGGUAUGAGAGAUAGGAAACAAAUGGAAUUAGUGGUACAACUGUGGACAUUGCUAAAAUGUUGUAUGGGCCUUAUCCAUUUUAUUUUGCCAUAUAUCAAUUUAAUGAUAAUCUUCCAAUAAUUACAUUUUAUUGGCCAAGUAAAUAGUUUGGAUGUGAGAAUGCUGCAGUAUUGUCCAAAACCAAACUCCUACAAGGCAAGAAACACCAGUGGCCAGAUAAUCAGACACACAUAGUCUUGUUCCAGAUCAGUGAAGCACUGCCAACAUUACUGAAUGUAGUAAUUUGUGUUAUUUAGACGAGGUGCUAUUUGUGAGAAAGAUUUAGAAUGGGAAGCCACUUCAAAACAUAACUUAGAGCAGGGGCGUCCAAACUACGGCAGGCGGGCCAACUGUGGCCCGUCAUCCAUUUUUAAUUGGCCCGCAUCAAUGUCUUAAAAUAUAAUAUAUUAAAAAAAAAUUGAAACUAUCAAUUUAGUAGCACUUAAAUUGCACUUACUUAUAGCACUUUGUUUUGCUUUAUUUUUUUGAAAAAAACUUGUUGUUCUGGGUUUGUACCCUCAGGGUUGAUGCACUUAAGGCCGGCGCAUGCUUCUGCGUUUUCAGAGACAUGCAAGAAGGGGUAGUUUGGACACUCCUGUUUCAGAGCAAAGAUAAUGUUCAAUCAACAAAACUGUGAUUGGGUUGUGAAAAGCCAACCAACUACUCCCAGCUCCCACUACUGCAGCUUCCGGGUUAUGUCAGCAGGACACAUACAGCUGGCUCACCACUGGUUUGUUCAAUUAAGCACCCCUCCUAAACAACAACUACACUGUGCCACCCUUUAGGAAUGAAGGGUUUUUAAAUGAUAAGUCAAAUAACCAGCAUGAAAGUGAACCAAACAUAUUGAUAUAGUUCUUAUAAAGAACUGUUCAAGACAUCACUCGUUGUUUUACUGUUAACUGACAUUUCACAACCUCCCACUUUAGGUUGAGCCUCCCUAUAGAGUUGAUUAGUUAAUGCGAUUAACUGUUGGUUCACUUUGGACAGGUCUCACAGUCUGAUUGUUUGGCUGCUUUUGUUUUCACUAGACACCAACAUAUAUAUUCAAAUAAAUACAUUUGAAAUCCUUUGAAAUGUUGUGUAAGCCCAACCCAUUUUGAGGCACUGUUUUUUCUCUGCUCUACUGUGCAUAUAUAAACUCUGUCUAUUUUAUAUCCAGAUCUUUGUCUAGAUCAAAGUUAGCCAUAUACAACUUCCCAAAUUACAGCAGCCGCCUGAGGGAAAACAGGAGAAUACAGGUAUGGACAGAGCUGAUAUAUCCUGUGUUAGGACAGUUAAGACAGCUCAGGGUUAAGAAUGAGACAAGAAAAAGCUGAAGACCAAAUUAGAAGAAAUUUUCCUGUGACUGUGAAUGUGGCCAAGGGAUAUAUUUUAUGACGAAGCCGCCUGCUCUGCGGCUCACCAUUACGUCAGACCUGUUCUUCUGUUUUGCAGUUGACUGGAUCUGAAGUGGCAGCUGGCAGGUGCUGCUGUAAUGAUUUUCUAAUGUAUUUUCACAUUCAUUAUCUUCUGCUGCUCUGGCUCCACACUACUGCUUUUUCUUGUUUGGGUUACAAAAGUUCCGCCCGGAGCACAGACUCCUGAUCAUUUAAAGGAUUAAAAUGCUUUCUAUCUUUGAACAGUAUGAACGAGUCAGUGUUGGCUCCGUAUUCAGGAAGCCUUUUGGACACGUUCAUAAUGAAACUGUGAGAGGCAGGCCAUAUUAACGCUGUCAGUGCUAAUUAGACCGAGCCUUUGAUCUGGUGUUGCUGCCUUUGAGUGAGGCUGAAAUGUUAAGUGCAGUCUACCUUUAAUUAGGUCUCAGAAUAUAUCACUUACUGUAUGCAGGCCUCUUUAAUACCUGACGUGAGCCAAUCCUCCAGCUCAUCAGCUCCGCUCUGUGUCAGCCAGCAUUUCAGCAAAUAGUGCUGGUUGGUUGUUGCAUGCCAAAAGAACAGUGAUGUCUUCAGAGCUGUACUGAACUGGUGUAUUUUUUGUUUGUGCUGACAUUGAAAAGUAUGUCUAUGCAUUCAUAAUGACAUUGAAUAAAUCCUGUGAUAUCAAACAAG